GUCGGCCCUCAGGAAGCAGCCCGCCGCACAGGAGAAAAGGACGAAGAUCCCGAGUCUUCCCGCAACGCAGCCCAAGACUGCUGAUGAGAAGAAGCUCUUGAAGAAGUUCAAGGAUUUUAAGGAGAAAAGAAAGUUGAAGAAGAUGUUGAAGGAGGAGAGGAGGCAGAAGAAGAAGGCGAAGAAACGGAAGAGAGCCAAGAAGCUUGCAG